GUCGCCGAAGAUACAAACACUCAAGGACAUCCUCGCUGCUCUCGAAGCGCCGGCUGCAACUGCUGUGGAUGCUUCGGCCGUGGAUGGGGGCCAAGCGGCCCCAGUAGAGGAUUCGGCCGAGGAUGGGGAGGCCAUGGUAGAUGAUCCGACCGAGGAAGGGGGCCAAGAGGGCUCAGUAGAGGAUUCGGCCAAGGAUGGGGAGGCCAUGGUGGAGGAUCCGACCGAGGAAGGGGGCCAAGAGGCCUCGGUAGAGGAUUCGCAGGCCAUGGUGGAGGAUCCGACCGAGGAAGGCGGCCAGCAGGAGAUCGAG